AUGAGUUGGAUAUGCCUCAGAGAACUCCUAAGUGGAGUAAAUAAAUACUCAACUGGGAUUGGGAGGAUUUGGCUGGCUGUUGUGUUUAUCUUCCGUUUGCUGGUCUACAUGGUGGCAGCAGAGCAUGUGUGGAAAAAUGAAAAGAAAGGAUUUGAGUGCAACAUUAGACAGCCUAGUUGUGAAAAUACGUGUUUUGACUACUUCUUCCCCAUCUCCCAGGUCAGACUUUGGGCUUUACAACUGAUCAUGGUCUCCAUGCCUUCACUUCUGGUGGUUCUACAUGUAGCUUAUCAUGAGGGUAGAGAGAAAAGACACAGAAAGAAACUCUAUCUCAGCCUAGGUAUGAUGGAUGGGGGCUUGUGGUACACUUACCUUAUCAGCCUCAUUGUUAAAACUGGUUUUGAAAUUGGCUUCCUGGUUUUAUUUUACAAGAUGUAUGAUGGCUUUAGUGUUCCCUACCUUAUAAAGUGUGAUUUGAAGCCUUGUCCCAACACUGUGGACUGUUUCAUCUCCAAACCCACCGAGAAAACUACCUUCAUCCUCCUGAUGGUGAUUACCUCAUGCCUGUGCAUUGUGAUGAAUUUCACUGAACUGAGCCUUUUGGUUCUCAAGUACUUUAUUAAGCGCUGUCUCCAAAAAUACUCUAAAAGGCACAAGUCCUCAGUGUGUGAGCAUCACCAUUUCAGAUAUGAUGAAUGUGGUGAGAUAGGGACCCUUCCACUACUCCAGAAUCAUCAUUCGGAAAUGGCCAUUAGCACAUCCCAGCGAGGUGAAACAAGACUACUUCGUGAUACACAAGAGAGUUAA